AAAAUGUGCAGCAGCGGGUCUGUGGGCAGUUGAUCCAUCCGUAACUCCGUGAAAGCGGCUGCCAUUGUUAGCACUAGUGACGCUGUUUCUUCUUCUUCAGCGUUUAACGGCUGUUGGUGAACUUUACCUGGAGGAGUCUCUCAUUCAAGGGAAGAGCUCACAUGUUCCUGUCUUUCCCAGUGAGGAGUGCAGAGUCAUCGUCUUCUCCUGUGUUUAAAUAAACUGUAAGCUUUUAUUUUAUUUUUUAUUUCACACUUUAAUUAUUUAAUGCAUGUAGCAAUAAGACAUAGGCACAAUGGUACUUUAACAAUGCUAAAGUCUGUAAUGUUUGUAAGUUGUUCGACUGGAACUUUUGGAUCACUUCUCUUACUGAGACAAGUUUCAUAUCAAUGUGAGUACAUUACAUUUAAAUCUAGGUUAUUUCAUAUUACACUAUACUGGUUGUUUACGUGUCAGCGGCUGAGAAAAAUACUUAUAAAUACUACUUAUAACGAAGUAUUUUCACACUGUGAUGCUUUGUGGAAGUUAAACACACCUGGCAAACGGCCAGUUUGGCUUUAGGGCUCUUCAGCACACAGCCUCUCUGUGCUGGUGUCAUUAGUUUCGUUUCCUCUAAGGCUGGAAUCAAAUGGAAACUAAAAACUUAAUUCAGCUUAAUGAAAUGAAAACAAGAUGCAUGACGAAAGGUGUGAUACAGAGAGGAUCCGACCUGGCACCACACGCAUCAGGAAGGAUGAAGUCUGCAAAUAAAACAUGGUCUUUAUUUACCUAGUACACAUUAGUAACUGCAACCAACUGCUGGCUGUGCCUGGCUUUAACGAUCAGUCUCUCUCACGGCAGCAACUUUGGUAUCCUGAUAGGAGACAAAAAGCUGACAGCGUAGCUCAUACGGAGCAAAGCUGCAGCAGACCGUAGAGGAGGUGCUGAUGGAUUCGCCAAAACAAGCAGUUUGCUCAGCAGAGAAGGAGCUUGGCAGAAUGCGAACACAGUUUGUGGAGAAGGUGACAGCAGAAAAUCUCACACAGCUACUUGAAGCCCUUGUAACAGACAAUGUCUUGAAUGAGUUGGAGAAAGAAAGGAUACAGGAAAUGAACCAAACUAGAGCAGACAAGGCACGCGACUUCAUUGACACCGUGAAGAAAAAGGGAGAAAAAGCCUGCAGGAUAAUGAUCAGUCACCUUCGAACCAUUGAUCCUACAGUUUCCUGUCAGCUAGGUUUGUCCUCUGGGCCAUCUGCUCCUUUAGGAUGCUCCAGCAUGUGUCAGAAUAAUCAUAAAUCUGUGCUGAAGAAGAAGUUCCAGUGUGUGUUUGAGGGGGUUGCUAGAGCAGGAAAUCCAACCCUUCUGAAUCAGAUCUACACAGAGCUCUACAUCACAGAGGGAGGGACUGCAGAGGUCAAUCAAGAACAUGAGGUCAGACAAAUUGAAACAGCAUCAAGAAAACCAUACAGACCAGAAACAACAAUAAGAUUAGAAGACAUCUUUAAAGGCCCACCUGGAAAAGAACAACCAGUCAGAAGAGUACUAACUAUGGGAGGGGCAGGCUUUGGGAAAACUUUGUUAACACAGAAGUUCACUCUGGACUGGGCUGAAGACAAAACCAACCAGGACAUCCAGUUCAUAUUUCCAUUCCCUUUCAGAGAGCUGAAUGUGCUGAAGGAGAAAAAGUUCAGCUUGGUGGAACUUGUUCAUCGCUUCUUUACUGAAACCAAAGAAGCAGGAAUCUGCAGGUUUGAAGACUUCCAGGUUGUGUUCAUCUUUGAUGGUCUGGAUGAGUGUCGACUUCCUCUGGACUUCCACAGUACAGAAAUCCUGACUGACCCCAGAGAGUCCACUUCUGUGGUUUUGCUACUAACAAACCUCAUCAAGGGCAACCUGCUUCCCUCUGCUCACCUCUGGAUAACCACACGUCCUGCAGCAGCCAAUCAGAUCCCUUCGGACUGUGUUGACAUGGUGACAGAAAUCAGAGGGUUCACUGACCCACAGAAGGAGGAGUACUUCAAGAAGAGAUUCACUAAUGAGAAGCGGUCCAGCAGGAUCAUCUCCCACAUCAAGACAUCACGAAGCCUCCACAUCAUGUGCCACAUCCCAGUCUUCUGCUGGAUCACUGCUACAGUUCUGGAGCACAUGUUGAGAACCACAGAGGUGAGAAAGCUGCCCAAGACUCUGACUGAGAUGUACAUCCACUUCUUGGUGGUUCAGGUCAAAGUGAAAAAGGUCAAAUAUGAUGGAGGAGCUGAGACAGAUCCACCCUGGAGUCCAGAGAGCAGGAAGAUGAUUGAGUCUCUGGGAAAACUGGCUUUUGAGCAGCUGCAGAAAGGAAACCUGAUCUUCUAUGAAUCAGACCUG